AACCGGCUCGAGACCACCAAGUACACGCUGCUGUCCUUCCUGCCCAAGAACCUGUUCGAGCAGUUCCACCGCCUGGCCAACGUCUACUUCGUCUUCAUCGCGCUGCUCAACUUCGUGCCGGCGCUGAACGCCUUCCAGCCGGGGCUGGCGCUGGCGCCCGUGCUGUUCAUCCUGGCGGUCACGGCCUUCAAGGACCUGUGGGAGGACUACAGCCGCCGCCGCUCGGACCACGAGAUCAACCACCUGGGCUGCCUGGUCUUCAGCAGGGAACAAAAACAGUACGUGGACCGAUUCUGGAAAGAGAUUCGCGUGGGAGACUUCGUGCGUCUCCGCUGCAAUGAGAUCAUCCCUGCGGACAUUCUGCUGCUGUCCUCCAGCGACCCCGACGGGCUGUGCCACAUCGAGACUGCCAACCUGGACGGAGAGACCAACCUGAAGCGGCGGCAGGUGGUCCGCGGCUUCUCGGAGCUCGUCUCCGAAUUCAAUCCUUUGACGUUCACCAGCGUAAUCGAGUGUGAGAAGCCAAACAACGACCUGAGCAGGUUCCGUGGGUGCAUCACACACGACAACGGGAAGAAGGCUGGGCUGCACAAGGAGAACCUGCUGCUGCGAGGCUGCACCGUCAGGAACACGGAGGCCGUCGUCGGCAUCGUCAUCUACGCAGGACACGAAACCAAGGCGCUGCUGAACAACAGUGGGCCUCGCUACAAGCGCAGCCAGCUGGAGAGGCAGAUGAACUGUGACGUGCUCUGGUGUGUCCUGCUCCUCAUUUGUAUGUCUCUGUUUUCAGCGGUUGGGCACGGAGUGUGGGUGCGGAGGUAUCAGGAGAAGAGAGCCCUGUUCGAAGUCCCCGAGCCUGACGGCAGCUCCCCGUCCCCGGUCACAGCCGCGGUUUACUCGUUUUUGACAAUGAUAAUAGUCCUGCAGGUCCUGAUCCCCAUCUCGCUGUACGUCUCCAUCGAGAUCGUGAAAGUGUGCCAGGUGUACUUCAUCCACCAGGACCUGGACCUGCACGACCCGGAGACCGACUCCCAGCUGCAGUGCCGUGCCCUGAACAUCACGGAGGACCUGGGCCAGAUCCAGUACAUCUUCUCCGAUAAAACGGGCACUCUGACCGAGAAUAAAAUGGUCUUCCGGAGGUGCACCGUGUCGGGCAUGGAGUAUUCUCACGACGCGAAUGCUCGGCGGCUGGCCAGGUACCAGGAGGCGGACUCGGACUCGGAGGACGCGCUGCCCAGAGGGGGGUCUCCGUCCCGGCGCAGCAGCAUCGGGAGCCACCAGAGCGUCCGAAUGGUCCACAGGACCCAGAGCACCAAGUCCCACCGGCGCACAAGCAGCCGGGCCGAGGCCAAGUGGGCCAGCAUGCUGUCCAAGCACACGGCCUUCAGCAGCCCCAUGGAGAAAGACAUCACGCCCGACCCAAAGCUGCUUGAGAAGGUGAGCGAGUGUGACAGGCGCCUGGCCAUCGCGAGGCACCAGGAGCACCCGCUGGCCCACCUGUCGCCAGAGCUGUCCGACGUGUUCGACUUCUUCAUCGCGCUCACCAUCUGCAACACGGUCGUGGUCACGUCCCCAGACCAUCCACGACAAAAGGUGAGGGUGCGGUUCGAGCAGCUGAAGUCCCCGGUGAAGACCAUAGAAGAGUUUCUGCGCAAGUUCUCGCCCAGCCGCCUGACCUCGGGCAGCAGCAGCACCGGGAGCCUGGCCGCCACCAAGUCCAGCCACAAGUCCGGGUCCGGCUUCCUGUCGGUCCUGUCCCCUGAGAGCGCGCUGCUCAGCCCCGACGAGGCCGCGCUCGUCUACGCCGCCCGCGCCUACAGCUGCGCCCUGGUGGAGCGGCUGCCCGACCAGGUGGCGGUGGAGCUGCCCCACCUGGGCAGGCUCACCUUCCAGCUGCUGCACACGCUGGGCUUCGACUCCGUCCGCAAGAGGAUGUCGGUGGUGAUCCGGCACCCGCUCACCGACGAGAUCAGCGUCUACACCAAGGGCGCCGACUCGGUGGUCAUGGACCUGCUGCUGCCCUGCUCCUCAGAUAAUGCCAGGGGAAGACAUCAAAAAAAAAUCCGCAGCAAGACUCAGAAUUAUCUCAACCUGUACGCCGUGGAAGGCCUGCGUACCUUGUGCAUCGCCAAGAGGGUUCUGAGUCAGGAGGAGUACACCCGCUGGCUGCAGGGCCACCUAGAAGCGGAAUCUGCUGUGGACAACCGCGAGGAGCUCCUCUUCCAGUCGGCCAUUCGCCUGGAGACGAAUCUGCAACUUUUGGGUGCCACCGGGAUCGAAGACCGCCUGCAGGAGGGAGUCCCCGAAACCAUUGCCAAGCUGCGCCAGGCAGGCCUGCAGAUCUGGGUUCUCACGGGCGACAAACAGGAGACGGCCGUCAACAUUGCGUACGCCUGCAAGCUGCUGGACCACGAUGAGGAGGUCAUCACCCUCAACGCCGAGUCCCAGGAGGCGUGUGCGUCCCUGCUGGACCAGUGUCUGCACUACGUGCAGGCCUGGGCCCCCCGCAGCGCCCCAGAGAAGACCGCGGGCAGCGUGAGCGUGGGGUUCCCCCCUCUCUGCCCGCCCGCCGAGCCCAUCGCCCCUGGCCCCUGCCUGAGCCUCGUGAUCGAUGGGAGAAGCCUGGCCUAUGCCCUGGACAAAAGCCUGGAGGACAGGUUCCUCUUCCUCGCCAAGCAGUGCCGGUCGGUCCUUUGCUGUCGCUCGACGCCCCUGCAGAAGAGCAUGGUGGUGAAGCUGGUCAGGAGCAAGCUCAAGGCCAUGACCUUGGCCAUAGGAGACGGAGCCAAUGAUGUCAGCAUGAUCCAGGUGGCCGACGUGGGCGUGGGCAUCUCGGGCCAGGAGGGCAUGCAGGCAGUGAUGGCCAGUGACUUCGCGGUGCCCCGGUUCCGCUACCUCGAGAGACUGCUGAUCGUUCACGGACACUGGUGUUACUCCCGACUUGCCAACAUGGUGCUCUAUUUCUUCUACAAAAACACGAUGUUCGUGGGCCUCCUGUUCUGGUUCCAGUUCUACUGCGGCUUCUCGGCGUCCGCCAUGAUUGACCAGUGGUACCUGAUCUUCUUUAACCUGCUGUUCUCGUCGCUCCCCCAGCUCGUGACUGGGGUGCUCGACAAGGACGUGCCGGCCCACGUGCUGCUGGCCAGGCCGCAGCUCUACAGGAGCGGCCAGAACAUGGAGGAAUACCGGCCCCGCGCCUUCUGGUGGAACAUGGCCGAUGCCGCCUUCCAGAGCCUGGUCUGCUUUUUCAUCCCGUACCUGGCCUACUACGACUCCGAAGCCGACGUGUUUACCUGGGGGACGCCCAUCACGGCCAUCGCCCUGCUCACCUUCCUCCUGCACUUGGGUAUUGAAACCAAGACCUGGACCUGGCUCAACUGGACGGCGUGUGGCUUCAGCACCCUCUUGUUCUUCACGGUGGCUUUCAUCUACAACGGCUCCUGCGCCACGUGCUAUCCUCCUUCCAACCCUUACUGGACCAUGCAGACGCUGACGGGCGACCCCGUGUUUUACUUGACCUGUCUCAUCGCGCCCGUCACGGCGUUGCUGCCCAGAUUGUUUUUCAAAGCGCUGCAGGGGAGCCUGUUUCCCACCCAGCUUCAGCUGGCUCGCCAGUCGGCCAAGAGAUCCCCCGAGAAGCUCAGCGCCCCCAAAGACAUUCAGGGACGCCCCGCGGGAGAACUGAGGCCCGAACCGUUGGAACGGAAUUGCAUCGGGGCCUCGGGAUCCGCCUCCCGGGACUGCGCCUCGCACGUGUCCUGGCGCACCCCGCGGCCGCCCAGCUCCCCGGGGGCCAGCGAGGAGCCCGGCGCCGUGGACGUGGGCGUGCCCUUGAGGGAGCCAUCGGGCAGCCAGGCCCCGGGCUCUUCUGCCCACGGGGAUGCUGUUCUGGAAACGUGUCCUGGGGACCCCGGGGCGAAACCCGCCGGCACCAGCAGGACAGCCCCUCUGUCAUCCAUCCUCAGUCUCCCCAACCUCAGCUCACUCAGCUGGAUCUCCUCCCUGUCGCUGGUCAGCGGGCUGGGGAGCGUCCUGCAGCUGUCCCGGAAUAGUUUACAGAUGGACAAGCGGGAGGCCGAGUUCUUGCCCAGCCCCCCGCCGCCCGACCGGGACCUGUGUGGCGUGGGCAGGCGGGCCACCGACUACUUCUAGGAGCCGGGUCCGGGGCUCC